GAAGAGGAAGAACGUCUUCUCGUCAUAUUUGUGUCUAAAAUGUGGAAUUCGGAAGCAAUUACCUCUCUUUUAGAGAAAGUACGGCAAGAAAAUGUCCUUUGGAAUAUAAAACAUCCAUAUUACCACAAGAAAACGCUGAAACGAACUCUGUUUGACAAGAUAUGUGUAGAGCUGAAAACAGAGUAUCCUCAACUUGAAAUUACAACAGUUGAAGUAAUGGACAAAUUCAAUGACCUCCGCGGCCAAUAUCAGAAAUGUUUACGGAAAAUCAGGAAUGCUCCAAGUGGUUCCGCGGCAACAACUCCUAUUAAGUGGGAGCAUUAUAAGACAUGCUCAUUCAUGCAAUCUGCAUAUGAUUUGGGCCCUACAGAAUCCAGUUUCAUACACCCUGAUGACUUGGAACCACAACAGAAGCAAGAGGUGUUGUAUGAGGGACCUAUAGAGGAUCUUGAGGAUUAUGAUAUAUCGGUAUCACCAACUUCAAUACCGUCAAAUCCAACAGCUUCCCCUCUGCCUGAUAUUAAUGAAGAGAUCAUCAGAGAAAUACCUGAUCAGUCCAAUACCAGUUAUACAAAAAACUCACAAGUGGUAAAAAAGAAGAGGAAAAUGAACAAGAGUGAUGCAGUGGAAGAAGGAAUGUUGAAGACCAUUGACAACUUGCAGGCAGUUUGUGCAGAGCAGGCCAGGAAAAAUACACGCCAUGACAUGGUUACUGAGUCUGUGAUGGCUGCCAUGAAGUUUUUCAGCAGUUAUGAAGAGGUUAAAAUGGACUUUACAGUACAGGUGAUGGAGCUUAUUGCAGCAAAAACCAGAGAGUGUCAAGCCAUAGAAAAGAAAAGGCAAGGCAAUAAUUAAGAUCACUGAAAUAUCAUGAAGUGCAAUAAAUGUUUUCAAACUGUGAUUUAUGCCAAUGAUUUAAUUUGUAUAUAGUCAUAUUAAGUCCUCUUUUAUUUUAUGCUGGUCAUGUUCUAGUUUUCUACUUUUAUUUU